UUCAUGAGAGGCUGAUGGAUGGAUGGAGGCUCUUAUUUUCUCUCACUGCCUUUCGACCUCAUUUCCUCCUCCUUGUCUUUUCUAGCUUAUUUAUUUAGAUAGAAAAAUGGACAAAGGGAAAAAAGGGAAAUAUAAUUAUUUCAUUGGCCUUUGAGCUUUUAAAGAUUAUUUGGUUAUUUUAAUCAGUAGAUAGUAGGAGGAGGUCGAUUUUUAUUGGGUCUAGGAUAUGACUCAAAGAAAUUAUUUUAAUGGGAUUUCCAGAAUUUAGGUGCAGGUCAAAGAUACGAGUCUAGUUGCUCUCCCCAUUGAGACCUCAGAGAGAGAGAGGGAGAGGGAGAGGGGGAGGGGGAGGGAGAAGCUAAGGGUUUAUUCAAGAUUGGAUUUUUUGGCUGUGUGGGGUUUAAUUUUCUCUUGAGAAUUCAGAUUAAGAGAAAAGUUGUUGUCUUGGAAUUAUAAUUAUCAAAAGCUUUAUUGUUAUUAUUUAUUUGAUAGAGAAAAAAAAAAAAUCUAUUAUGGGUAAGAAGAAGCCUCAGAAAACGAAGGAGCUUUCAGUAGCUAUAGCUGAAGCUCCAUCAACUGGAGAUGAAGGGCAGCAGCAAUCACAGCCUCAGCCUCAUACCCCAAGAAAGAGAGGAAGACCUCGCAAGAUCAUUGAGAAAACUGAAAGCACUGAAGAACAAUCCACACCACAAACAGAAGAAGCUGCUGCUGCAGCUGAAGAUGUUGAAGAACAGUCUAAAAAAGCAAAAGCCACUGAGGAUGAAGAUCAACAAGAAGAAGAACAACAAGAGCAGCCAAAGAUAAAAGAAGAACCCUCAUCGGCUUCUGUGAGAGGAGGUGCUAAAAAGGAAGAGGGACAAGCUAGGCAGCCUUCAAGAAGUAGAGCUAGGCGGAAAAGCAAACCCAGAAAGAGUAGCUAAAUUAGUUACUUUCAUGGUAAAAUUUGUUGUUCUUGUUCUUCCCUCUUUCUACGUUAUGUCUGCAACAGAAAAAAGUUUUGAUCUUUGAGAUGUUCCCUUCGUUUUGCAGCUUCUGGGUUUGAUUAUUAUUUCACUUUCUUUCUCUUUUGCAUAAUUGAUUGAUAAUACAACACGUGAGAAGAGAAAGAGGUGGACUUGGCUUUUAUCAUAAUCAUCUUCUUUUCUGUAUGCAAAAAACUUUCCAAGUAGUUAAAGAUUAAAAGGAGAUGGAUUUGAUACUUUUAUAUUGAUUAGUAGCUCAUGUAUUGAGAUUGAGCAACUGGGUUUGUUGUGUCUUGUUUGGUUGAUGAAAAUAUAUUAGUUCAGCUUCCUAUCAUC